AUGCGGCAGCAGGGCACCAUCCCAGAAUCGGCAGCACGAAAGCGUGUGACCAUGGAGAGUAGGUCUCCGAAGCUUGAUGUGAAGCUUGUCGUCGCAGCCAAUGCUAUCAAGCUUUGGCUAGAUUGUUCUUCAUCGUUCCUCAUCGUUCUUCACUUGUCCAUUUUCUCUCCAAUGUUUGUCCUGCUGUUGCUCUUCCAGGCUUUCCAUACUGCACUGGCCGUGGACUCAGAAGGCCCGCUCGCGUCAGACUUGGAAGCUCUAUCGCAAGACGACCAGUGCCACGGCUCCCUGGAUUCUGAGUGUGCACUCCACGCACUGCAACUUGACCGGACUGCCUCCGAAAAGGAGUUGCAGAACAGCACGCAAGAGAGGUGGGUGCUCACACUGUAUCACCAAACAAGUCAGAGUGCCGGCAGAAGCAUUCUGAAGCAUGGAUUCAGACCUGGUCAUGUUGGCUGGUGCGGGGCUGGGAUCUACUUUGCCAUGAGUCCAGCGGCAACCUCACAGAAGAUCAAGGGCCCCGACUCUCACGGCGGCUUCAUGAUCGAAGCCAAGGUUGACGUUGGGCGGGUGAAGCAUAUGCCCUGGCAUUGCACCACCAGCCCAGGGUGCAAUCAUCAUCCCUUCGCUAAGUGUCAAGAUCGCUCGAACCGAGGGGGCUGGUUAUCCAGGCAAGGCUACGAUUCCAUCAACUUUCAACCUGAUCCAUAUGGACAGGAGUACGUCAUCUUCGACAAGAAGAGAGUAGUUUCCAUGAAAGGCUACCCCUACCACCGGUAG